AUGACGGACAUUCGUGGCAUCCCCAUCACUCUCAACAAGCACGGCAAUCCCAUCGGCGCCGGUUGCUACAAAACCUGCGAAGGAGGUGCCUGGAGUUGGUUUCCUUGCAUCUGCAGCGAUUCGAUCUACAUACAAUACCCCAGCGCGCUGUUCUGCGUUAGCAAGCAUAUGUACAAGCUUGCAAAACGGGUGUUUUACCUCAACGGCCAAUUCUUCAUGCGCAGCGCCCCGACCAGAAGAGGCGAUCCGCGGUCCGGAUUUGGCAGCAUCUAUGAGACUGUCCUAGCUCUGAAGCAGCGGGAAAAACUCAAGUACAUCCGAGGACUAGUCCUCGAUGUCCGCGAAGUCGAUCCCGAGAAGGAGUUUCAGCAUGUGGAGAUUUGGCAUGAGGUAUUGACGAUUCUGGCGGAACAUGCGCAUCCAAACCUUUGGCUGCAUAUUUGGAAUACCGGCAAUAGAAGCUCUAGGCCUAGUGAGCGGACGCUCGCAGUGCGGAUGGAGGAGUGGGCUAAGAUCGUGAAGAGCCUUGGCCCGGUCCCGCUCUUUGAUAGGGUGAAGUUGUGGCGGUACGGAUCCCCGAUUGUCUGGAUGUUAUCGAUGGGCCGUCGGGGUAUGAUUCCGCAUGGUCGUACCGCCUCUUUGGAGAAGUAA